UGCCGCGCGCCGGAAGUAGCUCGGCCUCUGCGUGUUGUCGCGGCGGCUGCACCGCGGGGCCUCCGAAGCUAUGCCGGUCACCGGGAAGACUUUCCGCCGGCGCCGAGCCGACUCUGAGUCGGAGGAAGAUGAGCAAGAUUCCCAGGAGGUUAGAUUGAAGCUGGAGGAGACCCGAGAGGUACAGAACUUGAGGAAGAGGCCCAACGGGGUGAGUGCUGCUGCCCUGCUGGUGGGGGAGAAGGUACAAGAAGAGACCACUCUGGUGGAUGACCCCUUCCAGAUGAAGACAGGGGGCAUGGUGGAUAUGAAGAAGCUAAAGGAAAGGGGCAAAGAUAAGAUCAGUGAGGAGGAAGACCUGCACUUGGGGACGUCGUUUUCUGCAGAGACCAACCGGAGGGACGAGGACGCAGACAUGAUGAAGUACAUCGAGACGGAGCUGAAGAAGAGGAAGGGGAUCGUGGAGCACGAGGAGCAGAAGGUGAAGCCCAAGAACGCGGAGGACUGUCUGUACGAGCUCCCCGAAAGCAUCCGUGUGUCCUCGGCCAAGAAGACGGAGGAGAUGCUGUCCAACCAGAUGCUGAGCGGCAUCCCCGAGGUGGACCUGGGCAUCGAUGCUAAGAUAAAAAACAUCAUCUCCACGGAAGAUGCCAAGGCCCGCCUGCUGGCAGAGCAGCAGAACAAGAAGAAGGACAGCGAGACGUCCUUCGUGCCCACCAACAUGGCCGUGAACUACGUGCAGCACAACCGAUUCUAUCACGAGGAGCUCAACGCCCCCAUCCGGAGGAACAAAGAAGAGCCCAAGGCGCGGCCCUUGCGCGUGGGUGACACGGAGAAGCCGGAGCCCGAGCGGUCCCCGCCUAACCGCAAGCGUCCCGCUAAUGAGAAAGCCACUGACGACUACCACUACGAGAAGUUCAAGAAGAUGAACAGGCGGUACUGAGACUGCUCUGAGAAUGUUUGUAGGGCCCUGCAGCCCAUUGCUUCCUGCCAGCAGACACAGCCCCCAGAGAGAAGCAGCUGCGGCUGCUGCCACCCGCUGGGGGUGUCAUACUCACUGUGGGACUUUUGUCAGCAAGACAGUGUGUAGCUUUCCCAUUGGAUGACAAACAUUUUAUGAGCACUGGUAAAGUUUGUUUGUAAAUACAUUGACUUUCUCUCAA